AUGUCAAAAAAACCAAGAACGAGAAGUGCUACUAGGGGUGCUAAACCUGUUUUGCAAACAGGAUUAACUGGCAAUCUCAAUGAGCUUGACAUAAGCACCUCGUCACUCCCUUUCAAAAUCUGGGUAAAAUAUGGCAGUGCGCAACCAUCCAGGGUUGUAUUUGAUGGAGGAGAAGUGGAAGAUUUGAAGGAGGCAGUCAAGAAGAGACUAUCACCCAGGUUAAAUGAAACUGCCUUUGACCAGAUUACCCUCCGCAAACACGGCGAUGAGGCUGACCUAGAACCAGGUACUAAAGUGGAUUCGAGUUUCCAAAAUACCGACAAAAACCCGCUUCAAGUUAUAGUUAUAGUGCCAGAAGAGGAACACAAAGAGCAAGAACGGGGGAAAUUGAAACGAAAGGCGGAGGAAGAACUUGCAAUCAUGAUGCCGAAGAAAAGGAAAUGGAUGGUAAACAGUGCCAUUACGCGAGAAGAGCGUCCUAUCGUCUAUUUUGUGGAUACAACAGAGCAGAGUACCCCACUUCUUGAAUCGGUAUAUCGAGGCGAAUUCGUAGCGUUACAUGGUCCGCGGGCCUCCGGGAAAUCUACUCGGGUACUCCAACUUCAGGACCAGUUGAAUAGCAAAAGCUUUGUUUGUAUCUAUGUGUCUCUUGAACAUGUGAACGUCACCAGUGAGGAUAGGUUCUGGCAAACAUUCGGUUCUACUCUCAGUGUUCGCGCUCCAAAACGAAUCGAACUCAAUAGCAUUAAUUCUGAUCAGGAUUUCCUUCAGGCGUUUAGAAAGGAUAAAUGGGAAUAUCCUGUUGUCCUAUUUAUUGACGAGUUUGAUGUGUUAUAUUCUGCAACAGAUGUUGUUCGCACUUCGUGUCUAUCUAUUCUCCGCGGCAUUAAACAACAAAAAGAUAGUUAUGCUAUCAGGUCCGUCUUUGCCAUCGGACCUUUCAGUAUCUUGCAUUUAAACUCGAAUAAUUUCACUAGAUCACCCUUCAACAUUAACGAACCGUUUCAGAACCCAAACUUCACCAGGAAACAAGUGAAGUUUCUCUACAAAGAAUUCGCAGACGAAUUCAAAUUAACUAUUGACAAACAGAUAAUCGAAGACAUAUAUACACAAACAAAUGGACAUGCUGGUCUUGUCUGUCUUUGUGGACGUGCGAUUUAUAGAAGGCUACUCUCAGAGGGAAGACACUUGAGUUAUGACAUAUGGCAACAUUUUAGCAUGUUUUCAUUAGGAAAUGAGAUUCUAGAAUAUUCGACAUUUAUAAAGAUGAAAGACACCCUCCUAAGAGAUGAGACUGAUAUAAGACAAGCCGUGAAGCUUCUCCGAUCUGAUUUUCUGACAAAUUUUGACCCUGUAAAUCCUAGAACACAAAUAGAUCUAGCAUCUUUUCUCACAGCAGAAGGUGUGCUGACACCUGGAGAAGAUACUGGAACAUUUAAGAUUUCCUCGCCAUUGGUGCGCUGGUUGAUCCUUCAGCGAAUAAUUCCCCGUGUGUUUCCAACUUCACCUGAAAAGGAAGUCCCCUAUCAUUCUUCACGCACUCUGGACACACUCGAGGCUUUAAAACAGAUAGUUGUUGUAUUUGACAAAGAAAUUAUAAAGUCACUCAGUUCUUACAAGACUGCUCAUGUGAUGGUAAACGAUCUCAAAAAUGUAACAGUUCCCAGAGAAUCAGUGUAUGAUGCAGAGCUUUACCGGAUCAUGACGAAUUGGUUUGGUGAAUUUAUAGUAACAGGACAAUGGCACCUAAAAUAUCGAGCGAGUGGGCACGUUAAUCAUAAAUAUGUCGACAUAGUCAUAUCAAGACCUGGUCAUCCAACUAUUGCUUUUGAACUUCUAGCUACAGCAACAAACAAAGAACUCAAUGAGCAUUAUGGACGGGCACUUACAUAUACUGCGAAAUUAUCUGCUGAUGAAACAUGGGUUGUUCAUUUUACCUGUUGUGAGGCCUCAAUUAUGUCUCCAUGCUGGCCAGCUGCAGAAUCACUGAUAAAGGGCCUUCGUGUUGUAAUUUUUUGGCAUGACCUUAGUUUUACGAAAAUUCGUAUGAGAGCAUGUUGGUGGGAUUCAGUUGAAUUUAUGAAGCAUGUCACUCAAAUUGAGGACCUUAUGGUUUUACAAUAG